UCAUUGGUAGGUUGUCAUUCUGUUUGGGUGCAGUAGCUGGAAAAAUGGCAGCUGAUACAGGGAGAUACCGGAGUGCUGUUAGCAAAAGCAAAGACCCUUCAGGCUUACUUAUCUCCGUUAUAAGGACCCUGUCCAGCAGCGAUGACAAGCAGGACAGAGAGACGGAGAAGGGCCGCCUGGAGGAGGCGUUUGAGAAGUGCGACCGGGACCUGGAUGAGCAGAUCGUCCAACACUACGCUGAGCUGACCACCGCCAUCCGGACCUACCAGAGCAUCACAGAGAGAAUCACCAGCUCCCGUAACAAGAUCAAAGGGGUGAAGGAGAACCUGCUGUCCUGUAAGAUGCUGCUCCACUGCAAGAGGGAUGAACUGAGGAAGCUGUGGAUCGAAGGCAUCGAGCAUAAACACGUCCUCAACCUGCUGGACGAGAUCGAGAGUAUCAAGCAGGUCCCACAGAGACUGGAGGCCUGCAUGGCCAGCAAGCACUACCUGCACGCCACCGACAUGCUGGUGUCAGCGGUGGAGUCUCUGGAGGGCCCCCUGCUGCAGGUGGAGGGUCUGGGGGACCUGCGUCUGGAGCUCCACAGUAAGAAGCUCAACAUCCAUGUGGUCCUCAUCGACGAGCUGCACCGGCACCUCUACAUCAAGUCUACCAGCCGCCUGGGGACCAAGAACAAGGACAAGAACCAGGGACGCCACGGGGGCUCUACAACCAAAGACACAUCCCCUCUGCCCCAGCUGGACGUCAGCAGCCUGUCCACCCCUCGCAAGCUGAUGGACUCCUCCCAGUUCAGUACCCCAGGGACCACCAGCAUGCGUGAGCUGCAGGCGCACCACGAGGCCCGCGAGGACCCUGACGUGCACCCGGAGGAGAACACCCAAGAGUUCAUGGGCGUCCUCAUCAAAGGCCUGGCCAAGCUCAAGAAGAUCCCGGAGGCUGUCAAGGCCAUCAUGGAGCGCCUGGAGCCUGAGCUGAAGCAGAUACUGAAGAGAUCCACUACCCAGAUAGCUGAUCACGCCUACCAGAGAGGAGAGAACCUAGCCACAGAGAGCCAGCCCAGGCUGCUGCUGGAACUGCUGGAGCUGCUGUUUGACAAGUUCAACGCGGUGGCUGCGGCCCACAGUGUGGUGCUGGCCCACCUGCAGCAGAUCGUGGUGUCCCCCAACGGAGCCCAGGAGGGCAUCAAGCUCUAUGAGCAAGCCGACGUCUCUGCUAAGAUCCAGACCGUCCUCCAGGUUCUGUUGAUGGACUACCUGGAUGUGAAGAACACUAAAAGUGCUGCCGAGCCCUCUGCCCAGCUCACCUACGCCAGCACUGGCAGCGAGUUCGCAGCCUUCUUCGCCAAGAAGAAACCCCAACGUGCCAAGCAGUCCCUCUUCAAGUUUGAGUCGUCGUCUCACGCCAUCAGCAUGAGUGCCUACCUGAGGGAACAGAGGAGAGAGCUGUACAGCAAGAGUGGAGAACUACAAGGUGGUGCAGAUGAUAACCUGAUCGAAGGAGGAGAGAUGAAGUUUGUGUGUAAACCUGGAGCCAGGAACAUCACAGUGAUCUUCCAGCCUCUCCUCAGGUUCAUCAAUGAGACGGAGCAGAACAUGGGUCCACCGGGCCAGGCCAAGCAGUGCCAGCUCCGGACCUUCCUGACCUACUACAUCAACGACCUGUUCCUGCACCAGGUCAGAACAGAGAUCAACAAGGAGAUCCAGGCCGUCAGCAAGACAGCAGAUCCACUGAAAGUCCUGGCUAGUGCUGAUACUAUGAAGGUCCUGGCGGUGCAGAGGCCCCUGCUGCAGAGCACAGUAGUAGUGGAGAAGUCCAUCCAGGACCUGAUGACUCUGAUGCAGGACCUGAGUGCCUACUCCAACCAGUUCCUGGAGAUGGUCUGUGACAAGCUGAAGGAGUACAAGGAGGUCUGCAACACCUCAUACAGGGGCAUAGUCCAGUGUGAGGAGAAGCUGACCAUCAGUGCGUCGUGGUCUAAGGACGAGGACAUCAGCCGACUGCUCCAGUCUCUGCCCAACUGGGCUAACAUGGCCCAGCCCAGACAGCUCCGACAGAAGAGAGAGGACGAGGAGGACUUCACCAGGGCGGCGUUUGCCAAGGAGUCAGAGGUGCUGACGGGUAACCUGGGUGACAAGCUGAUCCCGCAGAACGAGAUCCUGCGUGACGUGAGCGACCUGAAGACCCUGGCCAACCUGCAGGAGAGCAUGGAGUGGCUGUCCUCCAGACUCAAAGGCUUCUUCAUCAACCUGCCCCACGCUGCCAGUGGGUCUCCAGGCUCGGACCCCCAGGUGACCAAUGAGAGCGUCCGCAGCAGGGACCAGAUCCUCCAGACUCUGACUGACCUGUCCAGGGCCUUCCAGGACAUCGCUGACCGCUGUCUGCUGGUCCUCCACCUGGAGGUCAGAGUGCAUUGUUUCCACUACCUGAUCCCCCUGGCCAAGCAGGGGAACUAUGCCAUAGUGGCCAACGUGGAGAGCAUGGACUACGACCCCUUGGUGGUCAAACUCAACAAGGACAUCAGUGCCAUGGAGGAGGUGAUGGGCGCCGCGCUGCAGCAGCACAAGUUCCAGUACAUCUUUGAAGGUCUUGGCCACCUGAUCUCCUGUAUUCUGAUCAAUGGAGCCCAGUACUUUAAGAGGAUCAGUGAGUCUGGCAUCAAGAAGAUGUGUAGGAACAUCUUUGUCCUGCAGCAGAACCUCACCAACAUCACCAUGUCUAGAGAGGCCGACCUGGACUUCGCUAGGCAGUACUAUGAGAUGCUGUACAACGCUGCAGAUGAGCUGCUCAACCUGGUGGUGGACCAGGGCGUUCGCUACACAGAGCUGGAGUACAUCCACGCCCUCAGCCUGCUGCAGAGGAGCCAGACGGGCGUGGGAGACCUGAGCACGCAGAACGUCCGGCUGCAGCGCCUCAAGGAGAUCAUCUGCGAGCAGGCAGCCUUCAAGCAGGCCACCAAGGACAAGAAGAUCACUACUGUUUGAGAGGGGGGACAUUGGGAGGCUGUUGUUGGCAAUGGUCUGUUUGCAUUAGUGUCCAGUGUUUCUUAACCUCCUGUCUGGAAAAAGGGUUUAGAUUAAAGCUAGUAUUUUAGAGCUGACCUAGCAGUGUCAGCUAACCAUCUGAGGGACUGGUCAGCACCUCCACAGGGACUGGUGAUACACUGGGUUUGUUAAAGUCCUGAGUCUUCAUUAGAUCCUAUGGCAGACCGUAAUAACCAUGUAAUAUGUUUUGGGGGUUGAGAUAAUGCUGGUAGGCUGUACAUUGAGUAGUUACUGAUUUUAGGUUUGAACUUAGUUACCAAUAUGCAUCUGUUGUUGUAACUCAUCUGCUUAUUCACUGGCAAGAAUGCAGCCAGUUCCUCAAGAAAUCACACACACACACACACACACACACACACACACACACACACACACACACACACACACACACACACACACACUCCAACUUAAAAAAUGACUCCCUUCAAUCAUCCCAUAUGUGGUCAGCCCUAGUCUCACCUGUGGAGAAUGGGGGAAUUUUAUGAGUCUGGCUUUGGGGCCUUUCUCAUCUCAUUGUCUUAUUACAUCUAACUGCUGCUCUCAAUUACAGCACUACCUCCAGCUCUCCCUCGUGGGCCCGCUGACUGUCUGCAAUACCAGAUGCCAGAUUAGACUGUCUAGAUUAUCACUUCUCUCCUCCUGCUUGUGGCCAUUCUUCUUCCCCAAGGACAAAGAAAGGAAUUGGUUCCUCAGCUGUUGUUCACUCUAUUUUUCUCUCACUUUUAGAAUAAUGUAGAUUGGAUAUAAUGUAACUAUAGCCGAUUCUGAUUAUAGUAUUUGCCACUGUCCUGAAAAAAUGCAUUAACUGUGCUGCAGCGUUGAGGUGUGCAUGUGUGCUAGGGGAUGGGGGGGGCAAUGUAUCCAGUACAAUUGGAGUGUGUAUAUAGUCCAACACUCAAGGUCUUGAACUUAAUAGAGAUGUAAUUGCAAAUCACUACUCCCCUUCCUACCACUAGAACUGCUAAAACUUCUGCUAAAACUAUUCUAAAGUGAAUACACUUGCAAUGAGUCACAAAUCAUUCCUUCCCCUGCAUCCCCUCAGUAUAUUUAGUUAAUUAACUCAGAGGAAAAGUACUUAACAAGAGCAGGGGAAGGAGGAAAGAGAACAGGGGAGAGUUGUGGCAGUGCUGCUCACCAGAACCCAGCGGAACCAUCCAUCAUAAUGACAUGUAGGCUGGGAUCAAUAUGAGCCUUGUGGUUGCCGGAGGGAUUGCCUAGUGCCAUAGGAACAGUUUUACUCAGCACACUCAAGACACACACACACAAUAAACACGUACUAUAUUACACACACACUAUGGAGGUCUCUAUGGCUUGCAGUACUCUGCGCAAGUGAGGAGGUUGUUUCUGCUGAUUCUGUGAACAAGGGAACACUCCAUCUGGAUUUAAAUGACCUGGUAUAUCUGACCCCUAUACACACAUUUUAAGUAAUGGGGCCAACUCAUUGUAAAGAUCUACAAAUAUAUUUCACUUCUUUUUUUUUUAUGCUUUGCUUUAUUUGUUUGUUUACUAAGACAUGUCGUUUUGCACAUCUACAGUGUGUAAUAUGAGAGUGGUUUCAUGUCUGAUUAGUUUUUUCACCUACAUCUGAUGAUAAUGUAGGCUAAUGAGUGUGUGUGAUUUAAGGAUUUAUUUGAUCCUUUCUCCAUUGUCUGUUAAAAGUCCCUUUCAGACCAAGGCCUUGAAUAUCAAUCCUUCUACACUGAAUUAAAGGUGAUUUGCCAAUGUGUACACGGAUCUUGCUGAAAUAAAACAUCAAAAUUCCCCUGUGUA